CUCGGUGCGGCGCGGGGCAGCCUGGCUGGGAACCCUGCUCGGCCCCGGAGAGGGGCCCCCCGAGCCGAGGGGAGGAGCGGCGCAUGCCCACAAGCCCCCCGCGGGAAGUAGGAAAUCGACCGGCCAGGCGAUGCGCUUCGGACCCAGCCAGGGCAUGUGCUCGGAGGCCCGCUUGGCUCGCAGGUUGCGGGCUGCGCUGCGGGAGGAGGAGCCGUGGGCGGUAGAGGAGCUGCUGCGCUGCGGCGCGGACCCUAAUUUGGUGCUGGAGGACGGCGCAGCGGCUGUGCACUUGGCGGCCGGAGCCCGGCACCCGCGCGGCCUGCGUUGCCUCGGGGCCCUACUGCGCCAAGGCGGGGACCCCAACGCUCGAUCUGUCGAGGCACUGACGCCGCUGCAUGUGGCCGCCGCCUGGGGCUGCCGCCGCGGCUUGGAGCUGCUGCUGAGCCAAGGAGCGGACCCGGCGCUGCGCGACCAGGACGGACUCCGGCCGCUGGACCUGGCCCUGCAGCAGGGACACCUGGAGUGCGCGCGAGUCCUGCAGGAUCUCGACACGCGGACCGGGACCCGGACCCGGAUCGGGGCAGAGACCCAGGAGCCCGAGACUGCACCUGGCACCCCAGGCCUCCCUGGACCUCCCGAUGAGACGCUGGACUCCAUAGCACUCCAAAAGCAGCCAUGCAGAGGUGACAACAGGGACAUGGGCUUGGAGGCUGACCCAGGACCCCCCAGCCUCCCUGUUCCCCUUGAAAUUGUGGACAAAGAUGGGAGCUCGGCGUCCCCUCCAAGGCACUGGGAUUCCAGCUCAGACGCCUCUUUCGUCACAGCGGUUGAGGUCUCUGGAGCUGAGGACCCAGCCUCGGACACUCCCCCCUGGGCUGGGUCAUUGCCACCGACCAGGCAGGGACUUCUGCAUGUUGUCCAUGCCAACCAGAGGGUACCUAGGUCUCAGGGCACGGAGGCAGAACUGAAUGCCCGUCUGCAGGCCCUGACUCUGACCCCACCAAAUGCUGCUUGGUUCCAGUCCUCCCCUUCCUCCAUGCCUCUCGUGGACAGGAGUCCAUCUCAUAGCUCCCCACGGACACCACCUCCUGGAGCUGACUGCCACUGCCUGUGGGAGCACCAGACAUCUAUUGAUAGUGACAUGGCCACGCUCUGGCUGACAGAGGAUGAGGCAAGCUCUACAGGUGGCAGGGACCCUGUCGGCCCUUGCCGGCAGCUGCCAGUCUCCACUGUGUCUGACUUGGAGUCGCUGCAGGGACUCCGAGCGCUUGGCCCAGAGUUUUCAGGGCACAGCCUAGAACUGGCUGCAGCCCUGCAGACGGGCCAUAUUCCAGACGUCCAGGCAGAUGAAGAUGCGCUGGCCCAGCAGUUUGAGCGGCCAGAUCCUGCCAGGAGGUGGCGGGAGGGGGUCGUGAAGUCUAGCUUCACAUAUCUGCUGCUGGACCCCAGGGAGACUCAGGACCUGCCAGCCCGAGCCUUCUCACUGACCCCGGCUGAGCGCCUUCAGACUUUCGUCCGUGCCAUCUUCUAUGUGGGCAAAGGGACGAGGGCCCGGCCAUAUGUCCACCUCUGGGAGGCCCUUGGUCACCAUGGGCGGUCAAGAAAACAGCCCCCCCAGGCCUGCCCCAAAGUGCGUCAGAUCUUGGACAUCUGGGCCAGUGGUUGCGGCGUUGUGUCCCUACAUUGCUUCCAGCACAUGGUCGCUGUGGAGGCUUAUACGCGGGAGGCGUGUAUUGUGGAAGCCCUAGGGAUCCAGACGCUCACCAACCAGAAGCAAGGGCACUGCUAUGGAGUGGUGGCAGGCUGGCCACCUGCUCGUCGCCGGCGCUUGGGGGUGCAUCUGCUGCACCGUGCCCUCCUUGUCUUUCUGGCUGAAGGCGAGCGACAGCUUCGUCCCCAGGACAUCCAGGCCCGGGGCUGAGUGCUGGGGAGUUGGCCAUCUAGCCUGGGGAGAAAUGUUUCAAUGUUCCAGCUGCCCCAUGCUGACAGCAGCCCCCAUCUCUGGUUUCAGAAGGGGGGUGUGCGCGCGUGCGUGUGUGUGUGUAGGGAGCACCAGGGCAGAUCUCCCCCAGGCUGAGGGAGGACUUUGUUGCAGAUGGUACUGCUGGAGAGGUAGUAAGUAGUGAGCUCCCCAUCAUGGGAGGAGGACAAGAAGGGAAGCAGAAUGUGCUUUGGAACAGUCCAGUGCUUCUGUAAGAGGUGUUUGAACCUGGGCAACUCCACCUUGAAUAGGAGCUGGGUAAAAUGAGGCUGAAACCUACUGAGCUGCAUUCCCAGAUGAUUAAAGCAUUCUAAGUCACAGGAUGAGGUAGGAGGUCAGCACAAGAUAACGGGUCAUAAAGACCUUGCUGAUAAAACAGUUUGCAGUAAAAAAGCCGGCCAAAGCCCACCAAUACCAAGAUGGCGACAAGAGUGACCUCUGGUUGUCCUCAUUGCUACACUCCCACCAGCGCCACGACAGUUUACAAAUGCC